CAGUUUACCGACUGCGAUGAUUGGUUUCAUUGCUUAUUGUCAACACGAUUUGCACCGGAUGUGAAACGGAAUCAGCUCUGCUAAUACGAAAGCCUAAUAGAUCCACUUCCUGAUACCUGUGAUCGGCUUCCACUGAGACAAUGUCUGACAGUGAUGGUCCAGCUCCAGAGCCUGCCGGACUGGAUGGUCUGCCGCCACUGUACAGCAUUUCCAAAGGAGAGGUGGUCUCUGUGCAAACCUACGGAGCUUUUGUCCGACUGCCAGGAUACAAGAAGGAAGGCCUGGUACAUGUGAGUGAGAUGUCAGCUACACGGGUUGAGAACGCCUCAGAGAUCGUCGAUGUGGGCGAACAGGUGUGGAUAAAAGUCAUUGGAAAAGAGAUUCGGGGUGACAAGGUGAAAUUGUCCUUCUCAAUGAAAGCUGUCAAUCAGGGAACAGGGCGGGACUUGGACCCCAACAAUGUCAUGGCAGAGCAGGAUGCGAGGCGACGUAAGCAGUUUAGAGACCAAACUGGCAACAGGAUCACACUGGAGGCUGUGCUCAACACGACGUGUUCAAAGUGCGGCUGCAAGGGUCACUUUACAAAGGACUGUUUCUCUGCUCCGGGCCUGCAGUACGCCCUUUUGCCUGAAGAGGACGAUGAAGAGCCACGGCAGCAACAGCAGCAGACCUCCACAGUUGCAUCACAGCAAGACUCAGACAAAAAGAAGAAGAAAAAGAAGGAGAAGAAAAUGAAGAAGAAGAGGAAGAGGGAGAGGAAGGAGUCAGAGAGCGACAGCAGCAGCAGCAGCAGUAGUGAAUGUAAAUCCAAGAGGAGGCGCCACGAUCACACUCGCGACAGAGAGGACAAAAAGAAGAAGAAACACAAGAAACACAAAUCUCAUAAACACAGCUGAGAGCUGACACACAUGUACACUACAUUCACACACUGCAGCUAUCACACAGAUGCAAAAGGGGAAGUGGGUAGCAACAGACGGAUGGGCAGACUUCCAGGCCGUAUAUCUUUACAUAAUCUCUCCACCAACAGCUUAUUAUAGAAACUUUCAUCCAAGUUAAGGAAAUGUUUGCUAACUGUCUUUCCAAGUAAUUGAAAGUACAAUUAAACCUCCCAUCAAGUUUAAAAAUCAGAUGACCACUUGUCCUAAUGUAACCUCUGGCUCCCCAGAGGGAGGAGUUCAUACAUCACACGAAACCAGAUAGGGGUAAGCAAUAUGGCAGCAUGUGACUAGCCAUCUUGAACUCCAGAUAUUGUUCACAGCUAUCCGGUUUCUAAUGCUCUGGGAAAUCCGUUAAGCAGACAUGAGGCGGUAAAGCCGACUCUUAGGGAGGGUCUGACAUGAAAAACCUUAAAAUAAUCCACACAGAGAAAGCUGUAUUUACACACACACACACACACACACACACACACACACACACACACACACACACACACAC